AUGGCUGCACCUCCACCCUCUGCUCCGGGCUUCCCAUCGGCCCCACCGCCUUCCUACGAAGAGAUCAACAACAGUGCCCCCUACCCGUACCCCUACCCUGCGCCGAGCGGACCACCACCAAAAGCGGGGCAAGCGGCACCCUAUCCUUCACAGCCCUACCCAGCACAGCCCUACCCAGCGCAGCCCUACCCAGCCCAGCCUGUGACCACGGCCCCUCCUCCAGUGUCCGUCCAGGCGGUUUACGUCCAGAACCCACUGGUCUUCCACGACCGCCCGGUGCAGAUGUGCUGCCCGUCUUGCAGCAAAGUGAUCGUCACGCGCCUCUCGCACUCGGCUGGCGCCUUGACCUGGCUGUCUUGCGGCAGUCUUUGCCUGCUGGGGUGUGCCGCUGGCUGCUGCCUCAUCCCCUUCUGCGUGGACGCCCUCCUCGACGUGGACCAUUAUUGCCCCAGCUGCAACGCGCUCGUGGGGACCUACAGGAGACUCUGA